UCAUUGAGCUGUCCUGCUGCAAUCAAGACGCAUGCGCAAACGUGAACAACGUUUUUGAACAAACUCUGCGGUCUAACGUGAUAAAGGUCAUGGAUCCUCAAAAAGACAUACAGCCUCCUAAACAGCAGCCAAUGGUCUACAUUUGUGGAGAGUGUCACACAGAAAAUGAGAUCAAGGCGAGAGAUCCCAUCAGAUGCAGAGAAUGUGGCUACAGAAUCAUGUACAAGAAAAGGACCAAAAGAUUGGUUGUAUUUGAUGCCCGAUGAGAUGUAUUUUAAUGUAUUCCUUUCCUAAUUAGCUUUUUAUAUGUUUGAAAGUGUAAAUAAAUGUAUACAAUUUGAAUAGGUGGAAAUGGGUCACA